AGUUGGUGAGGGAGAUAAAAGUCUCCAACUUCAGCGAUUUUUGCAAUUCGUUCCAGUCACAGGCAGCAGAGAAGAGAAGAUGUAUAGAGACACAUUAGCACACAUUAGUGUGCUAUUGGAGGGCGAGAGUCCCAAAAUGUAAAAAUGCUGCAGCAGUCAACUUCAUUACUGCCCCUUCUGCACAUAUAAGGCUAUGGUCAACAACCACAUCAAAGGUCAUGCUUCAGUGAGGCACAGAGAGUUCACAAUCAUAAGGUGUGGCUUCAGUUGUAGAAAUGUGACACACUCUCAUUGUUAUUGCACGGCAUCAAUAAUUAACAGAGCACAGUUUCUGAAGCACCUGACAUACCAUCAGCAUCCAGUGGCCCCUCAAGAGCACCUAGAGGUCCUUAAACAGUCCCCAGAGGCCCCUCAAGAGAACCCAGAGGCCCUUAGUCCCCAGAGGCUACUCAAGAGCACCCAGAUGUCCCUCAAGAGCACCCAGAGGCCCUUAAAGAGCAACCAGUAGCAUCCACUGCAUUCCAUAUACCUCAGAUACGGCUCCCUAAAUCACCUGGUCCCAACAUACAUGGCAACUCAAGAAAAGUCAUUGUAACUUGUCCACACUGCAAACUGAAGUUAAAUAAGAAAAACUUCAAAACACAUUGACGAAGAAAGUAUACACAUUGCUUUGAAAUGGUGUCCAAGGAAAUAUUUUUGGCAUGUGAGCGCAUUAAUGUGAGGAAUGGUGUGUUUGGAGUCGAAAAUACAUUUCCUGGUCCAGCACCACCCAUACAUGUUGUGAAAAAUACUUGGGGACCCACACAGAAAUUGAGGUGUGAGGUUGACCAAUGUCGUCCCAAUGCUGACUUUGCUUUAAGGUGUAGGAUGCUGCCUUUUGAAUGUCAGCAUAUACAUUCCUUAUUGUACUGCCCACGUACAGGCAACACAACAGUCGACAAUGGUCGAGAAUAAAUGGUUUAGUGAGGAGCGCAAGGCGUCAACGUGAGGCGGAUACUGAGGGUGUGCCCCUGUCUGUCCAGCUGACUGUUGGUGGACCAUCGACAAAAAUUCACAUUUUGGUGUACGAGCCGAAACUGUCUUAUUAUAGUAGGCUUGGAAGGGUUGUGACAGCUUAUGAUAGUAAGCAGAACAGCUGGCAUUGUCCUUGUUCAAAAGCAAGGCAUUCUCGCAUAUACAAAGCAAUUGAUAAAUGGCACCUCUUUGUAACAAAAAGGCAACUGUUUAGGAGGGUGAAAACCACAGAAGAGAGAAACUUUCCACCACAGCACACCACAGAAGUGAAGCGAAAGAGGAGAAUUAUCCACCAAGUGAUAAAGGUGUAGCACGGAUGGUGAACUACCUCAUGACAAAUAAAAAACUACCUGCUGAACUCCCCCAGGCUGUCAAUCAACAGUCAAGAGAUGGAAAGAUAUCGAGUGGCUUUCCGAAGCACCUGAUCCCAAAAGAGGCCAGAUGCAAGGAGUGUGAUUACGUACUCAGUGACCCUCUACUGAUCACUGCAAAAGGGAGGAUUCUGACGACCACAGGUGUAGUUGAAGGCAUAUCAACCUACAGAAGGUCAUGCCUGAACUGUGGCGUGAUCUACAGGUACCAGGAGUUGGAGGAUGGUGUCCACAACUUUGAUGACCACAUAAUCCUGUCUCUGCACUUGUGCCUGAUGAUAAGGAAUGCAUUACAGGAAGCAGAUGUUCUUCUAAGGGACACCCUAGAGGCAGCAAGGUGGUGCGAGCGCCAAACAUUUAAAGGCACUGUUUCCCUCCCUAGUGUAAUUGGGAUGGACGGGGAAGACCGCAUUACAACCCUUAAAGAACUACGGUGUAGAGAGGAUGAAGAGGAAAAUAUUCUCCUCAAGGAACCAUUCAUGUUCCCGUUCCAGUUACAGAGAGAUUAUGAGAAGUUCUGUGUGGAGGCAGUUGACAAAAAGAAAAUGACUGUCUUUACCUCUUGAAGAGCAGGACUGAAGCCAUUUUUGAGUGGUCAAACCUUGUUUUUGUCUGCUGUGUUAAUUGUUUCAGUUGUUAAUUGUGUUAUGUUGUUUAGUAAAGAUGACGUUGAAGUCA